AUGAGCAACAGCCUGGAAGCCAAGAUCGUUGUCCUCGGGGCCCAGGGAGUCGGGAAGACCAGCCUGGUGCAGCGCUACGUCCGCAACUCGUUCAGCUCGACGGCGCCCGCGUCGACCGUCGGGGCCUCGUUCGUCACCAAGCGGGUGCUCGACUCGACCUCGGACACCAUUGUGCGGCUGCAGAUAUGGGACACCGCCGGCCAGGAGCGCUUCCGCAGCAUCUCGCGCCUCUACUACCGCGGCGCCCACGCGGGGCUGCUCUGCUACGACAUCACCGACGAGCGCUCCUUUGACGAGAUGCGCGGCUGGCUGCUCGAGCUCAAGCAGAAUCUCGGCGGUGCUGCUGGCGGUGCUGCUGACGGUGAGGCCGCGGAUGGGCUGGUCAUCCACGUCGUCGGCACCAAGUCGGAUAUCGUGGCGGACGACCCGGCCCGUCGACGGGUGCCCUUUGAGCGUACCAUCGCCUACGUCGCCGAGCAGCUGUACCCGUCCCAGGCAUCGACGCCGCCCCCGAGCUCUGGCAUCGGCAGUGCCAACAACAAUAACAACAAUAACAAUAAUAUCUACAGCAAUAACUAUAGUGGGAGUAUGGCGCCAGACAGCAAGCGCAACAGUGGGUUCUGGGCCCAGGACAUCGGCUGGGACUGCUGCCACGAGAUCAGCAGCAAGGACGGCGAGGGCAUCGACGAGGUGUUUCGGGUCAUCACCCGCAAGCUGGUCGAGCAGCGCACCCGGAGAGAGCGGCAGGGCGAGGCGUCUGGGGGCAGUGCCGGUGCUGGUGCUGCCGGUGCUGGUGGUGCGCGAGCUGGUGCUGGUGCUCGUUCUGGCGCUGGUGGUGCUGGUACUGCUGGUGGUGCUGCUGCUGGCUCCUCUGCCAUCCACACGCCCGGCAGCAACGGGAGCAUCAGGGCCCGGUCGAGAGCCGGCCGCACCUCGGGAGACGCUGACAAGAGGCGCAGUUGGCUCAGUUUUCCGCCGGCCCUCAUAGGCGAUGCGGAAGACGAGGCCGAGCAGGAGGGCGGCGGCGGCCUCGACCUCACCGUCCAACGCAAGCGAUGCUGCUGA